GCGGGGACCGGGGAGCAGUGUCUGCCCUUCGACGAGCGCUGCGGAGACGGGGGCAAAGCGGUGGAGGCCACACUCAUGAGCCCCAAAGGAAUUGCGGUGGAUAAGUAUGGACUCAUGUACUUCGUGGACGCCACCAUGAUCCGGAAGGUCGACCAGAACGGCAUCAUCUCCACCCUGCUGGGUGCCAACGACCUCACCGCCGUCCGGCCCCUCAGCUGCGACUCCAGCAUGGACGUCAGCCAGGUGCGUCUGGAGUGGCCCACAGACCUGGCUGUGAACCCCAUGGACAACUCGCUGUACGUGCUGGAGAACAACGUCAUCCUGCGCAUCACGGAGAACCACCAGGUGAGCAUCAUCGCCGGGCGGCCCAUGCACUGCCAGGUGCCGGGCAUCGACUACUCCCUCAGCAAGCUGGCUAUUCACGCGGCCCUGGAGAGCGCCACGGCCAUCGCCAUCUCGCACGACGGCGUGCUCUACAUCGCCGAGACGGACGAGAAGCGCAUCAACCGCGUGCGGCAGGUGAGCACGGGCGGCGAGAUCUCGCUACUGGCCGGCACCACCUCCGAGUGCGACUGCAAGAACGACGUCAACUGCAACUGCUUCGCCGGCGACGAGGGCUACGCUCCCGACGCCAGCCUCAACUCGCCGGCCUCGCUGGCCGUGGCGCCCGACGGCACGCUCUUCGUGGCCGACCUCAGCAACAUCCGCAUCCGCGCCGUGCGGCCCAAUCGGCCGUUGCCGACCCCGGUCGGCCGCUUCGAGGUGGCCUCGCCCCAGGAGCAGGAGCUCUACAUCUUCAACGACGAGGGCCUCCACCUGCAGACCAUCUCGCUGGUGACGGGCGAGCCGCUCUUCAACUUCAGCUACGGCGCCGACGGCCUUCUGGCUGCGCUCACCGACAGCUCCAACAACACGCUGCGCGUGCGCCGGGACGGCGCGGGUCAGGGCGGCUCAGCGGGCCUGCUGCGGCUGGUGCUGAUGCCCGAGAACCAGGUGGUGACGCUGGGCCUGGACCCGGCCGGCAGCCUGCGCUCGGUGUCGGCGCUGAACCGGGAGAUCGUGCAGCUGGGCUACAGCGGCAGCACCGGCCUGCUGGCCAUCAAGGCUGACGAGACGGGCUGGACCACCUUCUAUGAGUACGACAGCGAGGGCCGGUUGACCAACGUCACCUACCCGACAGGGAUGGUCACCAGCCUGCACCGCGAGAUCGAGCGCUCCAUCAACAUCGACAUCGAGAGCUCCAACCGCGACGACGACGUCACCGUCAUCACCAACCUGUCCUCUGUGGAGGCGUCCUACACUGUAGUGCAAGACCAAGUGAGGAACACCUACCAGCUGUGCACCAACGGCACCAUGAGGGUGAUGUACGCCAACGGGAUGGGCAUCAGCUACCACACGGAGCCGCACAUCCUGGCCGGAUCGGUGAGCCCCACCAUCGGGCGGCGGAACAUCACCCUGCCCACCGACAACGGCCUCAACUCCAUCGAGUGGCGCCUGCGCAAAGAGCUCACCAAGGGAAAAGUCACCGUCUUCGGCAGGAAACUGAGGGCUCAUGGCCGCAACCUGCUCUCCAUUGACUUUGACCGGAACACACGCACGGAGAAGAUCUACGACGACCACCGCAAGUUCACCCUGCGCAUCACCUACGACGCCCAGGGCCGGCCGGCCAUCUGGCAGCCCAGCAGCAGCCUGGCGGUGGUCAACGUCUCCUACUCCACCACCGGCCAGCUGGUGGGGCUCCAGCGCGGCAGCAUGAGCGAGCGGACGGAGUACGACCCCCAGGGGCGCAUCCUCUCCCGCUCCUUCGUGGACGGGAAGGUGUGGAGCUACAGCUACCUGGACAAGUCUAUGGUGCUGCUGCUGCAGAGCCAGAGGCAGUACAUCUUCGAGUUCGACACGACGGGUCGCGUGACGGCCGUCACCAUGCCCAGCGUGGCCCGCCACACCAUGUUCACCCAUGUCUCCAUCGGCUACAUCCGCAACACUUACAACCCGCCAGAGAGCAACGCAUCCGUCAUCCACGACUUCAGCGAGGACGGGCGGCCCCAGGCCAUCCACUUCCUGGGCACGGGCCGACGGGUGCUCUACAAGUACGGCAAGCUGGCCAAACUGGCGGAGGUGCUCUACGACAACACAGCGGUCACCUUCGGCUAUGACGAGACGACCGGCGUGCUUAAGAUGGUCAACCUGCAGAGCGGCGGUUUCUCUUGCACCAUCCGCUACCGCAAGAUGGGACCGCUGGUGGACAAGCAGAUCUACCGGUUCUCCGAGGAAGGGAUGGUGAAUGCGCGCUUCGACUACACGUACCAUGACAACAGCUUCCGCAUCGCCAGCAUGAAGCCUGUGAUCAGCGAGACGCCGCUGCCCGUCGACCUGUACCGAUACGACGAGAUCUCCGGCAAGAUCGAGCACUUUGGCAAGUUCGGCGUCAUCUACUACGACAUCAACCAGAUCAUCACCACGGCGGUGAUGACGUUGAGCAAGCACUUCGACACGCACGGCCGUAUUAAAGAGGUGCAGUACGAGAUCUUCCGCUCGCUCAUGUACUGGAUGACGGUGCAGUACGACAGCAUGGGCCGCGUGGUGAAACGCGAGCUUAAGAUCGGGCCCUACGCCAACACCACACAGUACCGCUACGAGUACGACGGCGACGGGCAGCUCAGCGGCGUCAAGGUGAAUGACUGGUCCACCUGGCGGUACAGCUACGACCUCAACGGCAACCUUCACCUGCUCAACCCUGGCAACAGUAACCGCCUCACGCCACUCCGCUACGACCUACGCGACCGCAUCACGCGGCUAGGCGACGUUCAGUACCGGCUAGACGAGGACGGUUUCCUCAGCCAGCGAGGAUCGGACAUCUUUGAGUACAACUCCAAGGGCCAGCUAGCGAGGGCCUACAGCCGAGGGACCGGAGGAUGGAGUGUUCAGUACCGCUACGACGGGCUGGGCCGCCGCGUGUCCUCCAAGAACAGCCUUGGCCAGCAUCUGCAGUUCUUCUACGCCGACCUUACCCACCCAGUGCGGGUCACGCACGUCUUCAACCACUCCAGUUCGGAGAUCUCCUCGCUCUACUACGACCUGCAGGGCCACCUGUUCGCCAUGGAAGUGAGCAGCGGUGAAGAGUACUACAUCGCCUCCGACAACACCGGCACACCCCUGGCGGUCUUCAGCAGCAAUGGCCAGAUGAUUAAGCAAGUGCAGUACACGGCCUAUGGCGAGGUGUACCUCGACUCCAAUCCUGAGUUCCAGUUGGUGGUGGGCUUCCAUGGUGGCCUCUAUGACGCACUGACCAAGCUGGUGCACUUCACACAGCGAGACUAUGACGUGCUCGCAGCCCGCUGGACCUCACCAGACUACGGCCUCUGGCGGAAGAUUGGCAAGGAGCUGGCACCAUUCAACCUCUACAUGUUCAAGAACAACAACCCCCUCAGUGACAUGCUGGACGUCAAGAACUAUGUUACAGAUGUAAAGAGCUGGUUGAUAAUGUUUGGUUUCCAGCUCAGUAACAUCAUUGCUGGCUUCCCCAAACAUACUCAGUACUUUGUGGAUCCACCGUAUGAAUUACUGACCAGCCAGGAUGCCGAGAAUGGACAGCUGAUCACAGGGGUGCAGCAGGCUGCAGAGAGACAUAACCAGGCUUUCAUGGCUCUGGAGGGCAAGCUGCUGAACAAGGAGCGUCGGGGCAGACGUGACCGUCCAGGCCACUGGUUCGGCACCAGCACGCCUAUCAUUGGCCGCGGCAUGAUGCUGGCAGUGAAGGAGGGUCACGUGGUGGCGGGUACCUCUGGCAUGGCGAGCGAGGACAGCCGGAAGGUGGCGCUCGUGCUCAACAACGCCAUCUACCUGGAUGGCACGCACUACACGCAAGACGGGCGCGACUGUCACUACUUCGUCAAGGUGGGCUCGGCCGACAGCGACCUGCUGGCACUGGGCCUGACCAACGGGCGCAAGGCACUGGAGAGCGGCAUCAACGUCACCGUGAGCGGACGCUCGCGACGCGGCGUCACCGUGGAGUUCCGCGUGCCCUCGCUCUCGCUCAGCGUCCGCUACGGCCUGGCCACCGACGUAGUGGACGAGGAGCGCGCCCGCUUGCUGGAGCUGGCGCGGCAGAGGGCGCUGGUGGGGGCGUGGGCAAGGGAGCAGCAGCGGGCACGGGAUGAGAAGGAGGGCAGCCGGCUAUGGACAGAGGGUGAGAAGCAGCAGCUGCUGUCACCCGCGGGCAAAGUGCAGGGUUACGACGGGUACUACGUGUUGCCCGUGGAGCAGUACCCAGAGCUGGCAGACAGUAGCACCAAUAUCCAGUUCCUGAGACAGAAUGAGAUGGGGAAGAGGUAACAGACCAGCAGACUUGAAAAUACUCCUUUACGUUUAGCAAUUUCUAGCUUUUUAUCCUCCCCUGCUCUCUCUCUCUCUCUCUCAUUCUCUCUCCCUCUGUCUCUUCGCCGCUCUCUUUCUCUCUCCGCAUUCCACUCUCUCCUUUUCUUUUCUCUCCUGUCCUCACUAUGUACUCACCCCGCCUCUCCCACGGAGAAUAAACAAACUAAUGGGGUAGCACUCUGAACGCUGCAGGGACUUUUAAGAAGAAGAACUCUUAACGAACAAUUAUAAUUACUGCCACUGGCAAAAAAAGUUGAGAUGGAAUCUUAAAAAGACUCUUGUUUUUUUUGUUUUGGGUUUUUUUGGUUCUUUUUCAACAAAAUGGACUUGAAAUAGCACUGUUGAACGUUGGUAAGAAAAAAAACAGACACAGCUGUUGCUUAAAAUGAAGAAUCCCCUUUUUAAAAAAGAAUUGAUAUUUUCGGCCCAUAUUUUUUGGGUUACCAAGAGGAUGUUGGUGACUGUGGUGAAUGUCAACACGACCUUGGCUCCCACAGGUCAAAGGAAAACUCCGGAACUGCUCUAGAAACCAGUCCGUAUGGACAGAUCUGCAAACGAACAACAACGUUAUCAGCAACAACAACUAAAAGAAACUGACCAGAUGGAACAUCAGACUCAGGCCUGACUUUCACAACAACAGAACUGUCAACUGCUGCGGCCCACCAAGAAGAAACCUUUUUUUUCUUUAAGAAUAAAACUUAAAAAAAUAUUUAAAAAAAAUAGACGAGCAAAACAGUGAAAGAACUUUUUAGAAAGAAAUUAUAAUAAUAAUAAAAAAAUGAUGGCUAUAUUUGCAGUACAUAAUGUCAAACAUUUGUUAAUUUUUAAAUAGGGAGAAAAAACUGUUAACAUUGUGUCAGCUAGCACUGAAGUUCAGGGUGUACUCUAUAAGCGAUAGUUUGUUCGUCGCGGUAGAAUCGUGAGCCUUUCACCAGAGCACUUCUGUACAGAGAACUUGGAAAAAAAAAAAACACACACAUACUCUAGCAAUUUAUCCAGAUAGAAAUAACAAUUGCCAGAAGCUAUUUAUUUUUAUUUUAUUUUUUAUUUAUUUAUUUAUUAUUAUUCUUAGUACUCUAUGACAAUCACAAAAGUCACCACUUUUAUUGCAAAUCCUGAUUAUCGGUGGAUGAGUUUAUUUUAAUUUGUAAUAUAUGUAAGAAAUGUUCAUUAAGUUUUUAUAUUAAGUUUGAUUUGCUCAUAAGCAAAUUAUAGUCACAGACAAAAAGUAAUUUAUGUAAAGUGUUUUAAAAUGGUUUAUACUUUAAAUAAAGUUUAAAACUGUGAAACUUGUUUUUUCGAAAUAGAUCUGUAUGUACAGUGUAUAGACUUACCUUUCUGCAGCACAGUAGAGUAAUGUUCAUAAUAUCAAGUUUUAUAUUUCUAAUGGGAAGUGGCUUGUUAUGUGCAAACCUAUAGCUGGUAUUACUACUCUAGAAUUUUGUGACACACCAAUCUCCCUGAGCUACAAUAUCAAUCCCAAGUUUGAUGUUUUUAUUUAUUUUGGGUUUUAUUUGUUUUAGUUUCCUUUCUAAAUGCAGAGAAAAUGUUGCUGUUCUAGAUCCCAAAACCGUAGACAUGGAUUCUAUCCACUGUGAAGAGCCUCAUUAUGGAUGUCAAGAUGUACCAAAUCAGUAUUGAAGGACGAUUCUUACCCUUACUCGAGACUCUUCUGAGACCUUAUCAAUAAAAAGUAAUUGUUUACUUCAUG